AUGGAUUGCGAAGCACUUUUGUCGGGGUAUGGUUUUUGCUUCUUCAUUUUGAUAUGUUCAUCGAUAGUGAUUCUAGCGGUAUUGUCAUUUUCAACACACCGUAAAAACCUUUGCCUGGAAUGCUGCAGUGGUCGUCCAGGACUAUACUCUCCAGUUGACUUGCUACAUCGUGGACCACAUCGACUGAUCUAUGCUGUGAUAUUUGGAGCCAUGUCUGACCAGUUUCUCAACCUAGCACUUAUAGGUGGUGGCAGUGUCUUCAGCACUAUCAUUACAAAUCCAUAUGCGCUAGCCAUAUGUGAUGUAGCUAUUUCUAACGUGCUGUCAGUGCUCUUACUGUGUCUGCUCUAUGGUCCUCUGUUUGCCUGUGUGAACACACCUCGCCCCCUCCUUGGACACAUCACUGGACUCCUAUACCUCCUCCUGAUAGCAACUUUUGAAACAUAUACUGGUGUUGUUUACAUUCAAUGUGAUGGAGCAACUUACGACGAAGGACAGAUGACCCUUGUAAUCCUGACUUACCUACCCUCGUACAUGUUCUAUGUGAUUCUGAUAGCGUGGUUCAUCUAUGAAAUAGUGAACGACGUAGCCAUUGCCAAGAGGGGAAGAGGUAUUCUCUUCACGCACAAAAAGAAUGCUUACCUUUACAAGUACACUGGACACCUCCUGAGAAAAAAAGUGGUACCAGCUGAUAGAUGGAGCAGAUGGCAGAAAUUCAAAGCCUUGUUUUGGGUCUACGAGAAAGAUUUCCGGUUUCCUCUGAGACUUGUUGCUCCACUGGUGGUGAUGAUAGUCCUAAAUUUCAAGCUAUUCUUUCUUGUUGUGUACUGGACCGACACAACUUCGGCAACAUUGAUAGAGCUUUUCACAAGCAACAAUGCUAUUGCAAAACAACUUCGCAGUGCAAGUCUAGCUGGUGCUGUUCUGGCCGGUUUGAUGGCAAUGGGAGUGUGUGGAGUCCUUCUGCUGCAGUUUGCAGCAACAGUUCAACUGACAGUGUUGUGGAUCCCCGUGGUACUGUUUGCACACAAACUUAUGUGCAAGUUUGUUUUUCUGGAGAAUGAUACCGGAGGAAAGUUCCUUUCCAUCACAAACAGGAAUGGUUUCAACUGUUUCUCGUACUUUGUCUUCUUGUACAAUGGGAUUGUGGGGUUUGUGGCGGCCAUAUUGAGAGUCCUGCUCGGUCUCCUGUUUGGGACACUCCUCCUAUUCAGACUGGACCAGAACAUCAUGAUGGACCACUUCAAGUUUGCUGAUCUAGGACACAAGACAUAUCUGGGCUUUCUCUAUCUGGAGCACACCUACAAUAACCCCGUGGCCAACGCCUUUGUGGCCCUAUUGACUGAUGGUGGUGACCAGGAAGACAAAUACUCCCUAAAACGACCCCCUGGAAGGAAUCGUAGGAUCCGCAACCGUUGGCUGGUGGCCUACACUCUGAUGAACAACCCCGGCCUCAUUCCACUGCGGGCCUCACAGAUGGAGGCCCAGCGAGAUGGAGUGGGUUUCAGAUUCCCUCUAAGAUUUCUUGCUCCCCUGAUUGUGAUGAUAACGAUAAAUUUCAAGCUUUUCUUUGUAGUAGUCUACGCUGCACAUUUUGUAUCGCCACUGACAGAUUUUAGAGUAUGGAGAGUAACUGAUAUUGAAAAGGGGACAGUCACUUUAGCCAUCCUGUCGGGUUUGAUAGCAAUGGGGAUGUGUGGAGUUCUGCUUCUGCAGUUUGUAGCAACUGUUCAAGUCCUGCUCGGUCUCCUGUUUGGGACACUCCUCCUAUUCAGACUGGACCAGAACAUAAUGAUGGACCACUUCAAGUUUGCUGACCUAGGGCACCAGAUAUAUCUGGGGUUUCUCUAUCUGGAGCACACCUACAAUAACCCCGUGGCCAACACCUUUGUGGCCCUACUGACCGAUGGUGGUGACCAGGAAGAGAAAGGAGACAGAAGCGGAUUAAAUAGGCCAGGUGGAAGGAACCGUAGGAUCCGCAACCGUUGGCUGGUGGCCUACACUCUGAUCAACAACCCCGGCCUCAUUCCACUGCGGGCCUCACAGAUGGAGGCCCAGGGAGAGGGAGGAGCAGAGGUCAAGGAGCAUUAUGAGCCUAUUGUGCUGAUACCUGGAAUACAUUGA